UGUCCCUGGUCCUGUCUUUCUCUCCGUCUUCCCUUCACCAUGCGGACACUUUUAAUGUUUCUGCUCGGCUUCACCGGCUGUUUCACAGCCUUCUGUCACGGUGCGAGUGCAGGCCCGCAGCUCGACGGCGGGCGUCUUUACAGAUUCAGCUACAGAACGGAGCUCAGCGUCAACCGACCCAAAGGCUCGAGCCGAGGAAACGUCGGGUUUAAGAUCUCCGGCGAUGUGGACAUCAGCCUGGCCUGGAGGAACCCGGAGAACCACGACGAGCAGCUGCUCAGAGUCCAGAUGUCUAACGUUCAGAUCCAAAACGCCGCCGAGCGCUCGCGCAAAAACAACAUCUUCCACGGCACCACCGCAAAGGGAAUUCUGGGUAGAGAAAAGAACGAGGCACUACAGAGACCCUUCAUGCUGCUCUGGAAGAUGGGCAAGGUCAGGAGUCUUUACACACACAAGGCGGAACCUGCUACCAUCAAGAAUCUGAAAAGGGGCGUGGCCAGUAUGCUGAUGAUGCAGCUGAAGUCUGGCAAGAUGAUGGAGGCUGAUGCGUCAGGAAAGUGUCUGGUCGAGUACAAGGUUUCUAAAGAUCAGGUGAUCCGCAUGAAACACACAGACAGCUGCAAAACUCAGGAGACGGGAUUCACCACACACAGCCAGGUGUUGGGUGUGGGUGAGAAGUCAAGCUCAGUGACACUCAUCACUCUGCAAGGCAGCUUCAUCAAAUCUGCUGUUACCAAGGAAACACACGUCCUGUCAGUCAACGCUCGCCGCACCACUGCUGCCAAAGUGCUGUCUGAGCAGUCGCUCACUCUGCUCGCGGUGACAGACGGACCUGCGGAAGUUUCCGGUAAAGAGGCAGCGAGUGUGGUGAAGAGUCUCGACCCCAAACUGGUCUCUGUGGGAGUGAUGACGGAGAAAACCAACACCCGCUGUAAAGCCUGUCCGACUUUGAUGGACACAUGGAAGGCAUUGCGUUCUCAGUUGGAGCCACAAUCUCUGGCUAAAUCUUCAGGUCCUCGCAGUUUCCUGUCUCUGAUCCACAGCCUGCGCUCGUCCAGCAAAGAGCAGAUCCUGAGUGUACUUCAGAACUGCAGCAAGACCGCACUUCCUCAGCUGGUGGACGCAGUGACCUCGGCCCAGACUCCUGCCUCUCUGUCGGCCAUGUUGGAGUUCCUGGACUUCAGUAAAGCAAAAAGUGACAGUGUGUUGCUGCAGGAGCGUUUCCUCUACGCAUGUGGUUUUGCCUCCCACCCUACUGAGAGCAUGCUGCAGGCCCUGCUGGAUAUCUCUAACGGGAAGAUCGGCAGCACAGACAUUAAGGAGUCAAUCGUGAUCAUCAUGGGGGCUUUGGUGAAAAAACUGUGCCAGAAAGGAGGAUGUGAGCUCCCGGUGGUUGUUAAGGUGAAGCAGCAGAUCCUCGCAGGACCAGAGAGCACUCAGGAUGAGGCUCAGGUUCAGAUGUACCUGCUGGCCCUGAAGAAUGCUCUCCUGCCGGAGGCCAUACCGCUGCUCACUCGAUUCGCCGAGUCUGAGACCGGAGCGCUGAGCACCAUCGCCAUCACCGCUCUGCAGAGAUACGGGCCUCAGCUCAUCACGCGCGAGGUGAAACAGACGCUGAAUCGCGUGUACCAUCAGAACCGACGAGUCUACGAGAAGAACGUUCGUGCCGUGGCGGCUGAUGUGAUCCUGAGCAGCGAUCCGUCUUACGAGGAGGUGAAGAACCUUCUGCUCUCCAUCGGCCACCUGCCUCAUGAGAUGAACAAAUACAUGCUGUCCAAAGUGGAGGAUGUCCUGCGCUUCGACAUGCCUCCCAGUAAAAUAGUGCGUGAAGUCAUGAAGGACACGAUCGCGCAGAACUAUGACCGUUUCUCGAAGAUCGGAUCCUCAUCCGCCUACUCCGGCUACGUGACACGGGGCGCUGAUGUGACCACCACCUACAGCUUGGACAUUCUGUACUCGGGGUCAGGAAUCCUUAGGACGAGCAACAUGAACAUUUACGGCCAGAGCAACGGCGCCCUCCUGCACGGCCUUCAGGUGGCCAUCGAGGCUCAGGGUCUGGAGUCUCUGAUAGCGGCGACGGCUGAUGAAGGUGAGGAGGACCUGGAGUCGUUUGCUGGAAUGUCGGCGCUGCUCAUGGACGUUCAGCUCCGGCCCGUGACCUUUUUCAAGGGCUACAGCGACCUGAUGUCCAAGAUGUUCUCUAUGUCUGGAGACCCCAUAAACGUGGUGAAGGGACUCAUCCUGCUCACUGACCACUCUCAGGUGAUCCCUCUGCAAUCUGGCCUGCGGGCCGCUGUCGAGUUCCAGGGUGGUUUGGCCAUCGAUAUCUCUGGAGGAAUGGAGUUCAGCCUUUGGUACCGGGAAUCCAAGACUAGCGUCAACAACAGGGGCGCUCUGGUUGUCAUGGGCAACGUGACGGUGGAUGCGGACUUCCUGAGCGUGGGGAUGGAGGUGAGCUUUGAGAUGGAGGCGGCGCUUGACUUCAUCACCACCGUGCAGUUCUCCGAGUACCCCUUCCUGGUGUGCAUGCAGAUGGAUAAGACCACGUUCCCAUUCAGGGAGGCAGUGUAUAAAAUGGAGAAGUUGUCCUCCGGAGAGCCGUACGCCUGGCACAGGAGUCGCGAGCAGCUCAUUCCUGGCUCUGAGUUUCCUCUUCAUCAGGAAAACUCCAACAUGUGUAAGAAAGUGUUCGACAGCAGCUGGUAGACCUGAGGCCCAAAGUCGAGGCUAACAGUCUGGGUCGGAUUAGCCAAGUGUGAAAGCAAAAAAACCUGUAACUGUACUUUUAUUUUUUAAAUUAACCUUUAUUAUGCUAAGCCAAGGGUGCUAAUAUUUUUAGCAAGCCAGGCUUUGGAUUUAGCAUGUAAGGACUCUUAUUUUAAGAGUCUUUUCGCCCAAGUUUGACGUUGAAAUUUUUUGUUUUGCUUUAACGGUUAAUGAAAUAAUUCAGCACAAAAUACCAAUGGUGAGUGUAGCAUUAAAGGCUAAACAGAGACAAAAGCUAGCAGCUAGCAUAACCUUUAAAAAACUUCCAAUAACAAGACUCAAUAAGGAUUAAGCAAAAAUAUUUAAUUAGGCUAAGAGGAGUAACAAAGCUAACAUGAGGGAAAAAAGCUAGAAAUUAGCACAGCAUUUUCAAGUUUAACAAAAAAAAAGGAAGCUCAAAAACAAAAUGCUAAUUAGCUUGAAGGUACAAACUAGCAUAAGCAAUGCUAGCAUAACCUAAGCCAGCUCAAAGUAUUAGUUCAACAAGCCCAACAGCAAGUACAAAUAAUGUAAAAAAAUUCUAGCAAAUUGAAAAGUUUUAGCAUAUGUGGCUGUGCUAGAUUUAGCAACGCUGUUAGCAGGAUUUUGUCUGAAUUAUCUUCAUGACAAGGUAAUAAAAGUUAGCGUAUGUUUAUAUCUCCAGGCUUUUCAACCAAGUUUACACAGGUACAGAUUAAUUAUUAGCAUAGCUUCAGUCACCAAGAGUGAUCUCACGUUAGCCACCUAGCAUGAACUAGCAAAAAUUGCUAAUGCAGUCAGAACUGGUGUGGUGCUAUGUUUAUGUUUAUAAUGUCUUGUAACGCAUUUAUGAGUUAUUUAUUUGAUCUAAACACUUACAGAUCUCCUCAGGAAAAAAAUGCUUUCUGUCCAUUCCUCCACACCAGAUGUUUACACAGAUGUUGAUGUUUUGUUCUGUUUUUGACAAAAGAGAGAAAAUUAACACAUUUGAGAUCUAGAACCUCUGACAACACGAAACAUACUGAGGUUUGUUAAAAAGCUCAUUUGCAUAUUACAGUAUUGCGAGACGAUUAAUCAGCGAUAUGUCGUGCAGCCCGGAUUGUUAAACAUGUUUCAUCUUUUUUUAUUUAUGUAUGUAAAUAAUCUUGAGGAAAAUAAAACCAUGUGGAGUGAUUUUAAA